AAAAAAAUAUUUAGUCUGUGGCAAUAUUCAGAAGCCGGCGUUGCCUCCGCGUGUUUUUUAACAUUUCCUAUUUUUUUUAAGAAAAAUAUUUCGAUAACGUCAAAAGUUUACACUUCAAUUUGCCGCCUGAAUGUACAAAAAGUUCUGACAAUUUUUAAAGAUUUCCGAAUUACUGACGAAGAGGACAUAUUAUUAUACCACGUGUACGCCGAGUAUCCUUGUAUCGUUAAUUAUAAAUAAUUUUAUUAUUUGUAAUUCAUUGUGAAAAAAUAGAUAUAAUACAUUUGUGUAACCAAAACGUGUUAUUUUGUGUCAUUAUUGCACGUGGUUGAAGAUAAGUAAAGUAACAUGUCGAACGCGGAAGCCGACCUACGCGAUGGGCUUUCCGCCAAGGAAAUAUUCGCUAAUAGUGAAGGAUUAACAUACAACGACUUUCUACUACUUCCUGGAUACAUUAACUUCACUGCAGAGGAAGUUGAUUUGACCUCCCCACUGACAAAAAAGAUAAAUCUGAAAUCUCCGUUGGUUUCCACCCCUAUGGACACCGUUACUGAGGCAGACAUGGCGAUAUCCAUGGCUCUCUGCGGCGGUAUCGGUAUUAUUCAUCAUAAUUGCACUCCGGAAUAUCAAGCGAAUGAGGUGCAUAAGGUGAAGAAGUAUAAACAUGGCUUUAUUCGCGAUCCUGUCUGCAUGGGCCCUGAAAAUACCGUAGCCGAUGUCUUGGAAGCGAAAAAGAAGAAUGGUUUCACGGGCUAUCCAAUAACUGAGAAUGGAAAACUGGGUGGCAGGCUCAUAGGAAUAGUGACAUCCCGGGAUAUUGACUUCAGAGAGGGUGACCCGCAUCUCAGCCUAAAGGAAGUGAUGACCCCUAUAGAUGAAAUGAUAACAGCACAAUCUGGAGUUACUCUGCAAGAUGCUAAUUACAUUCUAGAGAAGAGCAAGAAAGGUAAGCUUCCUAUUAUUAAUGGCUCAGGGGAACUGGUAGCUCUAAUUGCACGAACCGAUUUGAAAAAAGCCAGAAGUUAUCCCAAUGCAUCAAAAGACUCCAACAAACAGCUCCUGGUGGGUGCCGCUAUUGGGACACGGGAAGCAGACAGGGAGCGCCUGAAGUUACUUGUUAGUAAUGGAGUAGAUGUGAUAGUCCUUGAUUCUUCUCAAGGUAAUUCCACAUAUCAGAUUGAUAUGAUAAAGUAUAUUAAAUCGAAUUACCCAAAUAUACAAGUGAUUGGUGGUAAUGUUGUUACUAGAAUGCAAGCAAAGAAUCUCAUAGAAGCAGGUGUUGAUGCUCUUAGGGUAGGAAUGGGCAGUGGAUCUAUCUGUAUAACCCAAGAGGUGAUGGCUUGCGGCUGCCCGCAGGCUACUGCUGUCUAUCAGGUGUCCUCUUAUGCUCGUCAGUUUAAUGUGCCCGUUAUAGCAGAUGGGGGAAUACAAUCGGUAGGGCAUAUUGUAAAAUCACUUGCAUUAGGAGCUUCAACAGUUAUGAUGGGCUCCCUGCUUGCUGGCACUUCUGAAGCUCCCGGAGAAUAUUUCUUCUCAGAUGGUGUCAGACUUAAAAAGUACCGUGGUAUGGGUAGCUUGGAAGCUAUGGAGAAUAAAGAGGGUAAAGGAUCAGCCAUGAGUAGAUAUUUCCAUAAGGAAACUGACAAACACAGAGUGGCACAAGGUGUUAGUGGUAGUAUAGUUGAUAAGGGGUCUGUGUUGAGAUUUUUGCCAUACUUGCAAACUGGUAUGCAACACAGCUGCCAAGACCUGGGGGCCCCAUCACUGAAAAAACUACGCGAACUGAGCUACUCUGGAGAUUUACGUUUUAUGAAGAGGACAUACUCAGCACAAUUGGAAGGCAAUGUGCAUGGUUUAUUUUCAUAUGAGAAAAGAUUAUUUUAAUAAAAUUUAUUAACAAGUCCUUUAAUCUUAUGUGAUAUCCAAUUUAUCUGUGUGUAUAUAUUAUUAUGAUAUAGGGCUAUAUUGUUAUAAGAAAGAUAAGUAAAUAUUCUCUGAUGUAUUCCAAUAAAUGAAGUAAACAAAUCUUUAUUUGUAAUUAUAUGAUUCAAUGUGUUUAUACAUAAUGGACCAGGAAUAACUGACUAAGAAU